UUGUACAUCGUAUAGAUGCUGGAAGUUGGCCCCUUUCUGGGGCAUGUAAUUUCUGUUGACUUGGAAUCACAGAGGUUGAACUCCAGUAAUCACUCUUUGGGGAAAAUAUUCCUUCACAAACAUUUACCUAAAAGCUGUGAUCUGAUCCUCCCGGAUCCCAUUCAGUGCUCUAUGCCCAGAUCUCUGUGGCUGGGCUGCUCCAGCCUGGCGGACAGCAUGCCCUCGCUGCGAUGCCUGUAUAACCCAGGGACUGGCGCACUCCCAGCUUUCCAGAAUUCCUCUGAGAGAGAAGACUGUAAUAAUGAUGAGCCCCCUAGGAAGAUCAUUCCUGAGAAGAAUUCACUUAGACAGACCUACAACAGCUGUGCCAGACUGUGCUUAAACCAGGAAACAGUGUGUCUAGGAAGCACUGCUAUGAAGACUGAAAAUUGUGUGGCCAAAACUAAACUUGCCAAUGGCACUUCCAGUAUGAUUGUGCCCAAGCAGAGAAAGUUGUCUGCAAGCUAUGAGAAGGAGAAGGAACUCUGCGUGAAGUAUUUUGAACAGUGGUCCGAGUCUGACCAGGUGGAGUUUGUGGAGCACCUCAUCUCCCAGAUGUGUCACUACCAGCAUGGACAUAUAAACUCAUACCUCAAACCCAUGUUACAGCGGGACUUCAUCACUGCACUGCCAGCUCGGGGAUUGGAUCACAUUGCUGAGAACAUUCUGUCAUACCUGGAUGCCAAAUCGUUGUGUGCUGCUGAGCUGGUGUGCAAGGAGUGGUACCGGGUGACGUCGGACGGCAUGCUGUGGAAGAAGCUCAUCGAGAGAAUGGUCAGGACAGACUCCCUGUGGAGAGGGUUGUCAGAGAGGAGAGGAUGGGGGCAAUAUCUAUUUAAAAAUAAACCUCCUGAUGGAACUGCUCCACCCAACUCCUUCUACAGAGCACUUUAUCCCAAAAUUAUACAGGACAUAGAGACAAUAGAGUCAAACUGGCGGUGUGGAAGGCACAGUUUACAGAGGAUCCACUGCCGAAGCGAGACAAGCAAAGGGGUUUAUUGUUUACAGUAUGAUGAUCAGAAGAUAGUGAGUGGCCUACGAGACAAUACUAUCAAGAUCUGGGAUAAGAAUACAUUGGAAUGCAAGCGAAUUCUCACCGGACACACAGGUUCUGUCCUGUGCCUCCAGUAUGAUGAACGGGUGAUCAUUACUGGAUCUUCAGACUCAACAGUCAGAGUGUGGGACGUGAAUGCAGGCGAGAUGCUGAACACACUGAUCCACCACUGCGAGGCCGUGCUGCACCUGCGCUUCAAUAACGGCAUGAUGGUGACAUGUUCCAAAGACCGUUCCAUCGCCGUGUGGGACAUGGCUUCACCAACAGACAUCACUCUGAGGAGGGUGCUAGUAGGGCACCGAGCUGCUGUCAACGUAGUGGACUUUGAUGACAAGUACAUUGUAUCAGCAUCAGGUGACAGAACUAUAAAGGUAUGGAACACUAGUACCUGCGAAUUUGUGCGCACCUUAAAUGGCCACAAACGAGGCAUUGCAUGUCUGCAGUACAGAGACAGGCUAGUAGUGAGCGGCUCUUCAGAUAAUACUAUCAGGCUGUGGGAUAUCGAGUGUGGGGCAUGUUUACGAGUACUGGAAGGCCAUGAAGAGUUGGUGAGAUGCAUACGCUUUGAUAACAAGAGGAUAGUCAGUGGGGCAUAUGAUGGGAAAAUUAAAGUAUGGGAUCUUGUGGCUGCUUUGGACCCCCGUGCUCCAGCAGGGACCCUCUGCUUGCGAACCCUUGUGUCAUGUAUUUGGACCUCAGCUGCAGAGUAAGAGUCCUUGAGUGCCUUGGAUGCCUGCAGGUACUAUGUUGAAACACCUUCAUGUUAGCCAAAUAGAACUGCAAAUAGUAUCAUGGCUGAAAUCCAGAAAACCCCUUUGUCAUUGGCCACCCAUUUCCAAACUAUGGAAGAACUCAGUGCCUAUGAGCACAUAUCCUGAGAGUCUUCAGCUUGGUAUUAGUAGUGUUCCUGCUCCAACCUGAGACAAAUGUGUGCCAACUAACCUGUGGACUUAAUUUAACUGGUGUGAUUUCCCCUGCAUUUUCCAGCAGUGGACAGCCGAAGUGCCCCAGCUAAUUAUAUUAUAAAUCAGAAGUGGUAGGAUGGAAACGCUGCAGGAAUCUCAACACAUGGAUACUCAUAAAUCCCUGUUUGAUAGCAAUAGAGGGGACCAAAAGAGGAGUGGGGAGCAAAGGAAGCUGUUGUGGUGUUUUUAGACUUUUAUGACUACAGGGUGUCCUUAUACCCGCUUGCCCAUGGUUUGGUUUUUUUUUCCUCUCUCCUCGUCCUCCAAAAUUAAACCUGGCUGCACAAUGAACAUCAUGAGUCUCCUGCUGCUUGUGUUCAAUUUUCAAACAGUAGGAGGAAAGUGCACAGAUAACAAAUGUUCGCUGCAUGCCAGGUCCCUUCCAGUUUUGUCUUCCGUUAGCUGGAAUGGUGGCCACAUGAAUUUGACAGAUGCUUUCCAUGCACAGAAUAAACACACAGUUCAGCUUUCCUUACGACCUAGACAGUCCAGGUAGGGCAGCCCUACUUAGCCCACAAUGACAGGGAUCACGAAGGGAGUUUUGGAAACAGGUUUUGAAAGUCUCUCUCUCUCUCUCACUGUCUCUAUAAGCAAUCCAGCAGUGGAUCUGACUGUUGUAGUGAUACUUUUCAGCAAGAACUUCUUUACUGCUACAACACAAACUCUGGAAAAACACUUCUUUUUAGAGUAGCUGGAAAGAUAGAAACUCAUAAGGUAUGAGUUUAUAAGACAAAUUUGAGUUAUAGUUAGAAGAUCAGAAAGAUUCCGUUGAUUAGAAAUGUUUAAAAAUUUAUCUUAAAACUAGAAUCACACUGUGUGUGAUUAUUUUCAGAUAAUUUCAAUUUAAAGAUUUAGAAAUUCACUUUUAAGCAGCUGUUGCACUUUGCAAACCGAGCUGUAUUUUUGUAGUCCUGUUGUAUAAGACAAAAGUUUCCCAUUUAGUAACUAACAAUUCUCUUUCACCUAAAUGUUUGAGAAACCUGUGGUUUUAGUAUUAAAGUAUUUUAAGACAAGUUUUUUUCCUGACCCUCAGCCCCUUUCAGUGUGUAAGCAUUAAAGAGAAGUGUGUAUUGAUGGAAGAGAUAGGGCUCACCCUGAUUGCACAGUUCCUGUUCCCUGCUGACCGAGGAGGAGGCCACUAGUCUUGCAGCAGUGUAAGCACCAAGAGAAAAUAAGUAACACAAAAUGGAAAGCAUAGUGGAUUUGCUAUGUGAUAUCCAAGAUCUUCCCAUUGCCUCCUGUUAAUUAUGAUCUGAACUCUUGCCAAAUCGUCAUGCUAUCUCCACUCAGCCUUGGAACAGAAUGCAAACUGCCUAUAAAGAAUGCCCUUUCUAGUUCAUAUUUUUAGAACUGCUUAAGAGGAAUUAUUACUGUGUCACUGGACUUUACAACAGGCUCCUUAGUGUCCUCCAGUGUUAAGCUCUUUCCUCUUCAGCAGUGGCAAUGGUGCCAAGUUGUGAAUGCAAAGUUGUCGUCUCUUCCUCUGUAAGCUAGUGCAUCUGGGAAUGCUGUAAUUUCAGGAAUGAGUUUUGCCAUGGAAAAAGGAAGACACUGCACUUGUCAGUCCUGCCAGACAGAAUUGUGUGGUGGAGAGAGUUUGGUUUGUUUUGCACAGUGUGUAUCCAGUAUUGGGAUUUAAGGAGUAGCAGGACAACUGUAAUAUAAACUUCCUGCAAGCCAAGUACUCAGAUAUAGCAAACACUUUUCACCGAGAGAGUGUAAUUUAUGCUCUGUGAUCAUGAUGCACAGUGUGUUAUGUGGGGUUUACUGAGAAAUGAAUGUAAUACUAGAAUCAAGCCUAAGUUCAUAUUCCCUCCUUCAUCCCAGGUGCCAGCUAGUUUGCAAGGUAACAUGCUGUGUCUCCC